AUGGUGGUGCUGACGAACCACCCCCUUAAGCAUGUGAUGUCGCGACCGGAAGCCUCCGGAAGAUUAAUCAAAUGGGCGGUCGAAUUGGGGCAACACGAUAUUGAGUACCAGCCCAGGACAGCCCAGAAGGCACAGGUGCUCGCAGACUUCAUCACAGAGUUGUCCAGCGACCCGAAGGAACCCGACGCCUCCGAUCACACCUGUUCGAAAUGGAUGUUGCAUGUUGAUGGGUCUUCUAAUGCUAACAACGGAGGAGCAGGCGUGUUGAUCCAAGGACCCAAGGGAGUCGAGAUAGAAGUUGCAGCUCGCCUAUCAUUCCCGAUGACAAAUAAUGAAGCGGAAUACGAGGCAUUGGUACUAGGACUGGAGCUAGCAUAUGAGGCAGGUGCUCGUGAUCUGGAGGUUUUUACCGAUUCACAGCUGAUCGCUAUGCAGAUUGAAGGAGCAUAUGAGACGAGAGAGAGAACCAUGACACAGUAUAAAGAGAUCGUGCAGCGAUUGAUGGGAAAGUUUAGUGGAUGUUCCGUUUCACAAGUUCCCCGAGCAGAAAACGACAAAGCGGAUGCUCUAUCAAAAUUUGGUGCGGCAAUGGAUGGAAUUCGAGAUCGCAAAAUCACAGCCUUAGUGCGCGAACAGUCGGCCCUCGUGAGUGGAACAGAAAUCCAGGUCGUCUCAGAGGCAGAAUCGUGGAUGAGCGAGAUCAUACGGUAUCUUGAAGAGGGUACCUUGCCUAACGAUCCACUGGCAGCAAAAAGAGUCAAAUUUCGAGCCGCCCGAUUCACGUUGCUAGAGGGUCAGCUCUACAAAGGAACAGCGGACGACCCUCUCUUGAAAUGCUUGGAUGGAGAAAGAGCCUUGUACGUGAUGCGAGAAAUACACGAAGGAAUCUGCGGCAAUCAUUCAGGAGCGAGAUUGCUAGCUCAGAAGGUGAUGCGACAAGGGUAUUUCUGGCCCACCCUAGUCGAAGAUUCCAAGAACUUGGUGAGAAAAUGCGAGAGUUGCCAGAAAUACGCUUCUUUGAUACAUCAGCCCGCGACCCCGAUGGAACCAAUCAAGAUAGCAUGUCCGUUCGACCAAUGGGGAAUUGACAUCUUCCAGGGCAGGAAGAUUACGGAAUGGUGCAAGGAGCUGAAGAUCGCACAACACUUCACAGCAGUUGCGAACCCUCAAGCGAACGGACAGACCGAAGUGAUGAACCGAACGAUCUUGCAACAUUUGAAGACUCGCCUCGAGAGCAAGGGAUCGUGGGUUGACGAACUGCCCGGGGUCUUGUGGGCUUACCGCACAACACCACGAACCGCUACGGGCGAAACCCCUUUCUGCCUAGUUUACGGAACCGAAGCCAUCAUUCCAGCUGAAAUUGGGGAGGAAUCGCAAAGAGUCAUGCAGUAUGAGCCCGAGGCGAACCAAGCCGAACGAAGCUUCGACCUCACCGUCAUCGAAGAAAAGAGGGAGGCCGCAUAUGCCAGAAUUUUACAUCACAAGGGCCUAAUGAUGAAGAGCCACAAUCGCAGAAUUCGACCCCGCCAAUUACAGGUGGGAGACCUCGUGCUGAAAAAAGUGGAGGCGUCAAAACACGUGGGAAAGCUGGAGCCGCCCUGGGAGGGCCCGUACAAGGUGGUUGAGAUCAGAAAGAAGGGCACAUACCGGUUGCAGGAUAUGCAGGGUCGCGAUUUAUCACGCCCUUGGAACAUACAGAAUUUGAAGAAGUUCUAUGCUUGA